AAACAGACAAGUUUUUAAUUUUAAGGUCGUUCGUUUCGUAUAAAUGCGGGCAAUUCGUAAACACUACCGCUCUACAUCCGACAACAUGCUGAAAUUCGUGGUUCUAUUUGCGCUCGUCGCCGCUGUUUAUGGGGGAGUGGUGCCCUUUGAGAGUCCCUUGGGGGCUACGCUUUUGCCCAAGGUCAAUGUAGCCCCCACGAAAGUGACAGUGGUCAAGCAACCCAUCACUGUUGAGCAGAAGGAGUACGUGUACAGAUCCGUACCGGUGCCCGUUCGGGCCGUGGCUUAUACUGCUCCAGCCGUGGCGUAUACUGCUCCAGCCGUAGCGUAUUCGCACCCAGCCUAUAUUUUCUAAAGAUUGUUUAAUAAAGUGCCUUUGAGUUA